AUUUGAACCAUUUAGUUCGAAAUUGGCUCUUUUACAGUACGCGCUCGGUAUGGUUCAUCUGGCACUUUCUCUAAAUGCCGUCCGUAAAGCUACGAAGUUGAAAUAUUUAACCAAUAUAUACCAGUCUUUUAAAUGCCGAAACCUAAGUUACACUAGCGGAUACACCAUUAUUGACCAUUCAUUCGAUGCGGUAGUUGUUGGUGCAGGUGGGGCGGGUUUACGUGCAGGUUUCGGACUAGCAAAUGAGGGUUUCAAAACUGCAAUUAUAACAAAAUUAUUUCCGACCAGAUCUCACACUGUUGCUGCUCAAGGUGGGAUAAAUGCUGCUCUCGGGAAUAUGGAACCUGAUGACUGGCGUUUCCAUAUGUAUGACACAGUCAAAGGUUCCGAUUGGUUAGGUGACCAGGAUGCCAUUCAUUACAUGUGUGAAGAAGCCCCAAAAGCCGUUAUCGAGUUGGAAAACUAUGGAGUACCUUUUAGUCGCUUGGAGAACGGUAAAAUAUACCAGCGAGCAUUUGGUGGUCAAAGUAUAGACUACGGGCGCGGUGGUCAGGCCCAUCGCUGUUGUGCAGUUGCGGAUCGGACUGGGCAUUCACUUUUGCAUACAUUAUAUGGCCGGUCAUUACGUUAUGACGCCACUUACUUUAUUGAAUAUUUCGUAUUGGAUCUUCUCAUGGAAAAUGGAGAGUGUCGGGGUGUCAUUGCUGUGUGUUUAGAGGAUGGGACUUUGCAUCGUUUCCGUUCUAAAAAUACAGUUCUUGCUACAGGGGGUUAUGGUCGUACAUACUUCUCCUGUACUUCAGCACAUACUUGCACAGGUGAUGGGACGGCAAUGGUCACACGGGCUGGGUUGCCUAACCAAGACAUGGAGUUUGUUCAGUUUCACCCCACAGGAAUUUAUGGGGCUGGGUGCUUAAUCACAGAGGGCUGUCGAGGUGAGGGUGGUUACCUCAUUAAUAGUAAAGGAGAGAGAUUUAUGGAGAGAUAUGCUCCUAAUGCUAAAGACUUGGCUUCUCGGGAUGUUGUGUCAAGAGCAAUGACGAUUGAGAUUCGCGAAGGACGAGGGGUUGGUCCUAGGAAAGAUCACAUAUUUUUGCAACUUUCUCAUCUUCCAGCGGACCAAUUACACAGUCGACUUCCUGGUAUAUCAGAGACAGCAAAAAUAUUCGCAGGUGUUGACGUUACAAGGGAUCCUAUUCCAGUGUUACCAACCGUCCACUAUAAUAUGGGGGGAAUUCCUACAAACUAUAAAGGACAGGUGCUGACAUAUGAUCCGGUUGCUAAGAAAGAUAAGGUUGUUCCUGGACUAUAUGCUGCUGGCGAAGCUGCUUCCGCAUCGGUUCACGGCGCUAAUAGACUAGGUGCUAACUCACUACUUGACAUUGUUGUAUUUGGUCGUGCAUGUGCGCUUGACAUUGCUGCAAAAAAUAAGCCUGGAGAUGCAGGUCCAGAGUUAAAACCAGAUACUGGAGAGGCCUCCAUCGCUAACUAUGAAAAACUCCGGACCGCAAAUGGAAAUUAUUCGAUUGCACAAGUUCGGUUAGACAUGCAGCGAACAAUGCAAGAGUAUGCUGCAGUAUUUCGUGAUGGUUCUACUCUCAAAGAGGGCUGUAAAAAAAUGUAUGAUUUAUAUGCUUCUCGAAUGAAUGAUUUAAAAGUCAGUGAUCGCAGUAAAAUAUGGAAUAGUGACCUAAUGGAAGCAUUAGAAUUACAGAAUCUGAUGCUAAAUGCUUUACAGACUAUUGUUGGAGCUGAAGCCCGUAAAGAAUCGCGUGGUGCUCAUGCACGUGAAGAUUUUCCUAAUCGAGUAGAUGAAUUUGACUACUCUAAACCUAUUGAUGGACAAAAACCUAAGCCAUUUGAAGAACAUUGGCGAAAACAUACUCUAUCUUAUCAGGAUGUUAAAACUGGUGCUGUAAAAUUGGAAUAUCGUCCUGUAAUUGAUGCCACCUUGGAUUCUAAGAGCUGUCCAUCUGUCCCUCCAAAACUACGCACUUAUUAGGUUAGUACGACUUUUUAGCCGUUUGAAAAUUGAUAAUAAGCUAAAUAUUUGUGAAACUCACAUUAUUUAUAAUUUUUAAUCCUCUUUAAUGCUGAACAGUACAGUUCUGUUUUGUUUCAUGUUCGUAAGUUAAAGUGUUUCUCGGAGUUAUUCAUACGUUUUUAUGAUACCAUCGAGUUUCGUGGAUGGAAAUAAGAUUUGUUUAAGUAUUUGAGCUUGAUUGUUAUUUCUCGGGAUAAAAUUUCAGUAGUUUGUGUGUGUUAUAACUUGUGACCGCCUGGAUUCCCUGUUAAUGUUAAACGUGAUAGUACGGCCAAUUAGAGGGCAGCGAAUUAUCGAUCGGACCAAUGACACGAAACCUGUACGAGCAGUUUAAAGUACUCAUCGGUCCUGCUUUCUGCUUAGCCCAGCCAGUUAGGUCCAGAACACCAACAACAGCCUCUGCGGUAUGAAUCAUUAUAUUUCAAAUAUACUGAGUUUAUAUGCCAAUCAAACUGACCAUAUCGUAUCGUAAAAUAGAAAAUAACAUUUGUACAAGAUUCAGCCAAAUGUGGCUGUGAAUAGGGGGAACACUAAUUAAUGAACAGGGCAUAAUUCAAGAAUGAUAAAUCGCAUAAUAAUAGUCUAUGGGUCAAAGCAAAGCCCAUAAUAAGGGGACAUGAAUAUGAAUAGUUUAGUUAUUUAGCAAUUAUACGAUAAAAAAUAUAUGCACAACAUUGGUUCAUAAAUGAGUCCCAAAAUUACCAUUCACUUUUGUUAUCGGGACACAACAAUGUGAUUGGUUUUUAUUUACAAAUAUUUAUUCUUUGAGCUUUCAAGUUACAUGUGUAAAGAUAUCCUAAUCGCCUCAUUCGAUAAAUGUUCAUAGCAGUUUUUAAGUUGACGUAGUAGCUCUGACUUCAAGUUAAUUCACUCAGUGGCUCCACCUUAUGCAAACAUCCAAGGGAAUUUACGAUUGACUAAACUUUCAUUUUAAAUGAAGCAGUUGUUGUUACUCUUAACCACUUCGCUCGCUAUUGAACGUAUUAUGAAUGCUAAUUAUCCCUGAAACAUUACUAUGUACUAGGUUGAUGAGACCGUUCACAAUACUUUUGAGUUUGUUAUUCAACAAUGUAUUUUAACAUCUUCACUAAAUCAAACCACAACAUUUACUCCGUAAAAAUAUGGGAGUAUAUUCACAAGAGGUUUGGAAAAAUGCAGAGUUUACGGUAUUUUUGAAAGCAUGUCUGUACUACAAUUGAAUAAAAAUGAAAAGAGUGGAUUGGCGUAGUAGGUAAUAGGUGCUUGACAUUGUCGAUUUAAUUAGUUAUUCUCGGUAAACUGGUCGAACGAAGGAUGUUUGAGUUAAAAAAAUCCAACAGGGUUAUUUAAAUCACUGUCAGAUGUUGAGUAAACAGCCUACUGUAUGUUAGAAUAAACUGAGUAACAGUUCUAAUCUCUUGUCACAAGGGGUUUUUUGUGGAGAUUUUAGUAAUUUUAUAGCUAAGAUCAUGAGUCAAUUGAAGCUAGACCACCGUGUAAAACCUGGAAACACUGGACGGCCGUUUCGUCCUAUUAUGAGACUUCUCAGCAGUGCGCAUCCAUGACCCCGCACUCGCGAGAUUCGAACCCAGAACCUACCAAUCUCGAGCCAGAGCCCUUAACCGAUAGACCACUGAGCUGGCAUCCAACGGUGUUAAUGUCUAACCUCAACCAACCCACGAAAUCUAAUCUCUUGUACGGUAUUUCUAACUUAUAAUUUAAGUGAUUUAUCAUUAAAAAUAAUCUUUAACAUAUAUUUUGCGCAAACGGUGAUAAUCACAAGGGCAAUCUAGAUCACAGAAAAGUACGAACUGAAUAGUUGGUGAUUUACAAAUCUGUUGACACUGUAUCUUUUCGAUUACUUACACUCUCGGUAGACAAAUAUUAAGUUAUCGAAAUAGACGUACAAUGGAAGUUUUAAUGGGAACCAAUCAGGUUAUUACACCGUUCACUUAUCUUGUAUAGUUUCUUGUAUAACAUUCUACUUAUCCUUACUCUUUUAUUAAAAAUUUGCACUGUCUUCAUGUAUCGUAUAGAUCGAAGUGUUACUUUAUAGUUUAUUGGCUUGGACAAUAGGCAAUUUGACAUUGUGAACUCAUUGAAGGAUAGUCAGCUAUGGGUAUACAAAGAUAAUGUAGUACGAAUUUGUUUAUUUAUUUAAACACAUGAAUAUCGGUACAAGAAAGUACCGGAUAAAUAUGCGCCUCACAAAUCUCAUUUGAUUUGUGUGAGGGCUGUGAUACUGCCCAGGUGCCCAGACUGAAGCAGGUGGUUUUCUUAGGGGGCCACACCCCGAGCCUUUGACUUGAAGGUCUAAUCCACAAGGCAGUGGAGCAUCGUGAGGAGAUGCAGUCCCAUGGUAGCCUGUGCCCAACGGUUGGUUCAUACGCCAUUUGUUCUCUCGGGAUACUGGAGCCCUUGUGCACCAUUGGUUUGGAAUCAGGGUUUUCCAACUCCCCUAGGUAAACUUUCCGUGUCCACCGACCCGGUUAAAGCGUCGGACAUUCGCUUUUCGUCCUCUGAAUUUCGUAAACAACACCUGUGGCACGAGAAGUCAGUGAGUAGGACUUUCCUGGCAGAGACUUUAUAUUCGCGUGGCCAUGUGAGAGCAUUUGGAGAGGGAGAGCGGACUCUCCCCACUCUCGGCAGUACCAGGGCAUGAAUACAACUAACACUAAAAUUAGUUUAAAUCUAUCAAAACUGUAAAGUAGCAUAACUAAUAAAUGACAUUUAGAAAAAUUGCUAGUUGAAUUUUUGCUGUUGACUAUUAUUAUUCUUUCGGUUUUCUUUAUCAUACUACUGACUAGUGAUUUCUUGUUUUGUUUUCUCAGCAUACUUAUUGCUUAGGAUAAAUUUUUCAAAUGUGUAGCUUAAUCAACUGAAGAACUUCCGUUCAUAUUCAAAAUAACUUCGAUAUUACCUUUUUACACUAUUUACUUGUUGUUAUAAUUUAUCUGUGAAUGCUUUUGUUUAAAUAUCAUUUUCAAUAAAACAUCUCUUUACCAAAUGUAUACUUGGAUUGUUGCCUUUUUUAUUUCUUGGUUACAUAGUUCACAAAUAAUAAUCUACUUCUUCUUUUGAAUGUAAUAAAUUCUUACCCACUUAUGAAUAUUUAUGCAGUAGUUUAUUUGAAUGUGACCAACUUGGUCUCGUGUGAUGAUUCGGGUAUGAGGGCUAAUAUCACCUCCCGGCUGCUCACAC